AUGAAUUUCACUUUAGAGGGAAAACUCAAAAUAGAUUAAUUUCUACAAAUACUCAAAAUCUUCUCUUAUCCUAUUAUAAUAUGUGAUGAUGAAAGUAUUUAACUGAUUUUAACUAAAAGAAAUUCAAUUUUCAGAAAUACCGGAGAAUUAAAAAUUUAAUGAACUCAAUAAAUCAGAUAAACCUGCUAGUUUUGCAUAAAUAAAUAAUGAUUUCUUUAAUGAAUAUUAAUCAUAAAUUAGAGAAAAUCAUCUAAAAUUUGCAGAAACUAGUUGUCUAAACAUUAAAAUGUAACAAGAUGUUUGUUUAUUAAAUUCUUAAUUGAACUAUGUUUGUUGUUAAAUUCCAAUUGAUAUUAUAUAUAAAGCACUCAAACCAUUAGCAUAAUCUCAUAUAAAGAUUUUAAAAUUGUCAUUUACUUACUUAUUAAUAGAAAAAGGUUAUGAUAACAAAUCAAUUUAGUUACAUUUUAUUGUAGGAGCUUAUUCAGAAAAAGGUUUCUUUACUAUUAUGAAACCUAUAGCUAUGCUUUAAUCUAGAGAUGUAGAACUUCCAAAUUUAAAAAAUAAAUUAAUUACAAUAAAUUAUGAAAAUUGCAAAACUAUAACUUAACAAAUGAAAACAUAUCCUAUAGGAAUAACAUGUAAUGUUGAUGAAAUAUCAUUUUCUCCAUUAUCUGUUGAUUAAGAAUAAGUAGAUAUUUGGUCAGGAGCAUUACCAUAUUAUAAUUCUUCUUUUGUAGAAGAAAUUUAUGGUAAUUUAAGUAUUUAAUCUAUUUACACAAAAACAUAUAAUCCAAUUUUGAAUUACAGUUCAAAAGUAAAACUUGAUUGCACUAUCUAUAUAAGUCCAUCUGAAAAUGAUCCAAAAAUGGCUAUUUUAUAUUUUGUUGCUAGUGAAUCUAAUGUGAUUAUUUGCAAUAGGUAAUAAGUAAUAACAAAUGAUGAAUCAAAAUAAUAAGGCAAAUUAUUUUAAGAUAUUAGUGAGGAAUUACUUGAGGAAAUAGAAUAAAUUAGUAGCCAAUUUGAGAAAAAGUUUUCUUAAAUUUAAAUAACAACUAAUGUUAAAGAUAAUUAAAAUAGUUGUUAUGAUAAUUAACCAUUAAAAAUGGCAUAUUCAGCUAUUGAUGAAAAUAAUAAUAGUAAAAUGUAUAGUACAAUCAAUUAGAAGGAACCAUUAUUGUUUAUCCCACCAAAAGUCACAGGAUCAAUCAAUGAUGCUAUUUUAGAUUACAUGACUAGAAAUUCUUGUAAAUAGACUACAAGUACUUUACCAAGAUAUAAAUCAAAUUAUUAGAAUUGA